AUGAUUACUAAAUUAAAUCAAAAAAUUUCUAUUCAAUUUGAAUCCCUUCCAUUAAAAUUACUUCAAAAUAUUUUUUCACAUUGUGAAAUUUCUUUUAAAUUAACUCCAAAAUUAAUUACAAAAAUUAUUGAAUAUAUCAAAUAUUUUUCUACAAAAAUAAUGAAAAAACAAUUAUUUACAUCGUCUUUGGGAAAUACUAAUCCUUUUGAAUUGCGUGAACUUUGUAUUAAUGUUUUAAUAUUGCUCAUAGAAAAGUGUUCUCCCAACACAGAAAUUGGCCACAUUAUGUCUGAGCAACUCCAAAAUUUAAUUUCAACAUUAAUUCCAAACCCCGACCCUUCAAUAACUUCACAUAAACACCUUUUAUUAUCUCCUUGUUUUUUAAAAAGUCAAAGUUUUGGCCAAUUAAAAAUUUGUAGAAAAAAAUUAGGCAAAAUUAUUUAUCAAUUUUGGUUAAAACAAAAAGAAAAUGAUUCCCAAAAUAAUUCUAUUCUGCUUAAUUUUCCAAUUUCUGUACGUCCAAUGGAUGAAGAACAAUGGCGUGGAGCUAGUAAAUUAGUGAAAAAAUUUCUUUUUGUUAAUUCUGAUUUUGGAGGGGAUGAGGAAAUAAAUGAAGAAGAAGAAUUUAAUGAAAAUUAUUGUGAGAAAUAA